AUGAAGGUCCUAACAGCAGAAGAUAAAGUUGCAAGUGUUGGGAACGAGAAUGAACCAAGAGUUGAUGUGACGGACGCGAAACUAACCAAAGAAGAGUUGAAUAGAGGAUGUCCACUUGGAGUGUCUCGCGUGAUUGAUUCUGUAUAUGUGUGCGGUGCUCACGCUUUGCCUGGAGCUGUGAAAGCUCUACGACCAGGUCUCGUAAUAAAUGCUGCACCAGAACUGCCGCCACCACCUGAAGAUUAUGUUCCUAGACACUAUGUUCCACUGCUUGAUACCCCUAAUUCUGAUAUGUACCCUUAUAUGGAGAGAGUCGCAGAUCUUAUAAAUGAGGUUGUUAUUAGAAAUGAAGUGGUACUGGUCCACUGCGUUGCUGGAGUUUCAAGAUCAGUUACCCUCUGCUUAGCGUAUCUCGUGAAAUGGUGCAAGAUGACCCUGUGUGACGCAUACCAUCAUUUGAAAUUCAGACGGCCACAAAUUCGACCAAACACAGGGUUCUUCAAGCAGCUUAUUAAAUUUGAAGAAAGACUUUUUGGCGAGGCGUCAGUUAAGAUGGUGUACUGUGAAGCUAUAGAUAAAGAGAUCCCAGACGUAUAUGAGCCAGAUUACAGAGGCAUGGUAUGGUUUAGGCAGCGAUAUGGACCUAUCGAGAAUAAC